UCUGCUCAGUCUGCUGGUACUUGUGUAGAGAGAAAGGAAGUAGCGACAGGCUAGCUGGUUAGCCGGUGGGAAGACGCUGUUUUUUUCAGGACCGAAGGGACUUUUGACUCAGUUUUUGUUAACUCUGAGGUCUCGUUUCUCUUUGAGGAGGGCUCAGAUCUCUUCUCUUCGUGUUUCUUUUUCUUUCUUUUUUUUUCGCUUCACAGUCCGAGUUCAAACCUUCAGACUGUGUCAACUCCUGGAGCUUUGUCUGUCCGGGGAACAAUCGUUUGGCAGCCUGCUUCAAACGAGUCAGUCCCUUUUUAUUUCAGGGGGAUAAAAACAAAGAAGGAAAAAGACGGGGGCAAACAGCAGCGACGUGAUUAUCUUUUUUCUGGCCAUUUGGGUAAACGGCGGGGAGUGCAGUAGAGGAUUACAGCAGGACAAUGAGACAAAUGGCCGAGAAAGGUGCAGUUUGGUGAGAGUGAAGCAGUGGGAGCGGCAUGCUGAAGUCACACCCCCUGGCUCAGGAUGAGUGUCAGAGAUGGCGCUGCCACAAUGGCAACAAGUGCAGGUGGAGGAGGGGGAGGUGGACUCGCUACUCCUAAUGAUCACGAUGGGCGCUCAUACAUGCUCCAGAUCUAUCCCCGGUUAGCUGUGCAGUGCCCCUCAAUCUCCACCUGCUGCAGCUUGAGAGUGCAGAAGGAUGCAACUGCAGCCUCAGUGAUCUCAGAUGCCGCUACAGCCCUGGGGCUGGACCCCAGUCGCAUGUACGUGCUGGCAGAGGUGAAAGAAAGUGGUGGGGAAGAAUGGGUACUGGAGGCCGGCGACUUGCCCGUGCAGAGGUUUUUACUUUGGCCUCGGAAAGCCCAGGAGGAACAUCCUCAGAGCCUUGGCUUUUACUUCAUACUUCAGGAGAGGAAUCAUGAUGGUUCCAUCCACUACGUUCACCUUCCUCCCUUGUCCAAGGACCAAGAGGCACAACGAUUAGCUGCCAGGGGCUUCCUUCCUCCUCCCCAGGAUGACUUUGCGGACCUCUGCAACCUCCCUGUUCUUAAAGAGGACAGCAUAUUGAGCAACCUGCGCUCACGUUUUUACAAGAAAAAGAUCUACACCUAUGCAGGCAGCAUUCUCAUUGCUGUCAACCCCUUUAAGUUCCUGCCCAUCUACAACCCGAAGUACGUCAAGAUGUAUGAGAACCACCAGCUGGGCAAACUGGAGCCUCAUAUUUUUGCUAUUGCGGAUGUAGCCUACUAUGCUAUGCUCAGGAAGAGGGUCAAUCAGUGCAUAGUCAUCUCUGGGGAAAGUGGUUCAGGCAAAACCCAGAGUACCAACUUCCUGAUCCAUUGUCUGACUGCUCUUAGCCAGAAGGGCUAUGCCAGUGGAGUUGAGAGAACCAUUCUGGGGGCUGGACCCGUCCUCGAGGCCUUUGGGAAUGCCAAGACAGCCCACAACAACAACUCCAGCCGCUUUGGUAAAUUCAUUCAGGUUAACUAUUUGGAGACUGGAGUGGUCAGAGGUGCUGUUGUGGAGAAGUACCUCCUGGAGAAAUCUCGUCUGGUCUCCAGAGAGAAGAAUGAAAGGAACUACCACGUGUUUUACUACCUGCUUCUGGGUGCUUCAGAAGAGGAAAAAAAGGAGUUUAAACUGCUGUCACCUGAAGACUACCACUACCUCAAGCAGCAAAACUUUAAAAUUGAAGAUGAGGAAGACUUGCGCCAUGAUUUUGAACGGCUGCAGCAGGCAAUGGAGAUGGUGGGCUUUCUUUCUGCCACCAAGAAACAGAUCUUCUCUGUGCUUUCCGCCAUCUUGUACCUUGGUAACGUGACCUACAGAAGGAAGUCGACGGGCAGAGAUGAGGGUUUGGAUGUGGGACCACCAGAAGUCCUGGCUACCCUCUCUGACCUGCUAAAGGUCAAAGAGGAGCUGCUUGUCGAGGCACUAACAAAGAGGAAGACAGUGACAGUCAAUGACAAACUGAUCCUCCCUUACAGCCACUCUGAGGCCAUCACAGCCAGAGACUCCAUGGCUAAAUCUCUGUACAGCGCGUUGUUUGACUGGAUUGUCUUGCGCAUCAAUCACGCACUGCUCAACAAGAAAGACAUGGAGGAAUCUGUUCCAUGCUUGUCCAUCGGUGUCCUGGACAUUUUUGGCUUUGAAGACUUUGAGAACAACAGUUUCGAGCAGUUCUGCAUUAACUAUGCAAACGAGCAACUUCAGUAUUACUUCAAUCAUCACAUCUUCAAUUUGGAGCAGGAGGAGUACCAAGCAGAGGGAAUCACCUGGCAUAACAUCGACUACACAGACAAUGUUGGCUGCAUCCAUCUCAUUAGCAAGAAACCCACAGGGUUGCUGUACCUGCUGGAUGAGGAGAGCAACUUCCCCCAUGCCACAGAUGAGACGUUAUUAGCCAAAUUCAAACAGCAGCACCAGGGAAACAAAUACUUUGUACCCACUCCAGUCAUGGAGCCAGCGUUUGUCAUUCAGCACUUUGCUGGGAGAGUCAAAUAUCAAAUCAAGGACUUCCGGGAGAAGAACACUGACCACAUGCGUCCAGACAUUGUGGCUCUGCUGCGGAGCAGUGACAGAGCUUAUGUGCGGCAGCUCAUUGGCAUGGACCCAGUGGCGAUGUUUCGAUGGGGCAUUCUGCGUGCUACGAUCAGGGGCAUCGCUGCUUUCAACGAAGCUGGACGGUCCUGGGCUGCCAAAACAGCAGGUGUUGUGCGUCCCAUCUCCAGAACGCCUUUAGGAGAGCUACAGCGGUCCAAUGCACCAAUAGAGAGAAUGUAUAAACGAGCAUCUAUGCUCGAUUUCUACUUUGAUCACUCAGAGGAGCGCCCUCUAGAGGCCUUUGAAGACAUCUUUGCUAGCUAUGAGACUAAGAAAGACAUGCAUGCAGAGAUCAUCAGCUCCAUUAAGAACUUGCAGCUGGAUGGUGAGGACCCUCGCAAGCUGCUGCAAUCCUGGGGUCGCCUCCGCUUCCCCCGACACGUCCUUCAGAAAAACAAGAGCACCAGACAAAGGCAGGCCAUACCCAAGAGUUUGUUGGAUUCUCGAUCACUGAAGUUCAUUGUGAGCAUGACCCUGCACGACCGCACCACCAAGUCCCUGCUGCAUCUGCACAAGAAGAAGAAACCUCCCAGCAUCAGCGCCCAGUUCCAGACAUCUCUGACCAAACUGCUGGAGACUUUGAACAGAGCCGAGCCUUUCUUCAUUCGUUGUAUCCGCUCCAAUGCUGAAAAGAAGGAGAUGUAUCUGGAUGAAGCCUUGGUGGUUCAGCAGCUGCGAUACACAGGAAUGCUGGAAACUGUUCGUAUCAGGAGGUCAGGCUACGGUGCCAAGUACACAUUCCAGGAAUUCGUUGAACAGUUCAGAGUUUUGUUGCCAAAGAACUCCAGUGCAUCUAAAGAGGAAAUCUCAGCACUACUUGACAAAAAGUUGGGCCUUGAUCCUACAACAUACCAGAUUGGUAAAACUAAGGUGUUCUUGAAGGAGCUGGAGCGACAGCAGCUGCAGGAUGUGCUGCACAAAGACGUAAUGCGCAAGAUCAUCUUUCUACAGCGCUGGUUCAGAGCUUGGCUGCAGAGAAAAGAGUUUCUAGACAUGAGACAAGCAGCCAUCUUAAUACAGCGGUCAUGGCGUAGGUACUGCAAAAACGAAGAAAGGCGACGGGCAGCUACUGUGAUCCAGGCUGUCUGGAGAGGACACAGACAACGGUCCGAAUACCACAGGCAAAAGAAGGGGGCAACAAAAAUCCAAGCCCUGGUCAGAGGACACUCAGCACGCAGACGGUGUCAUUCUAUGCGUGAGGAGAAAAGAAAAGAAGAAGAAAAAGAAGCUCAGAGGAGGGCAGAAGAGGAGGAACGGAGGAGAAGAGAGGAAGAGGAAGAAGAAGCCAGGAGAAAAGCAGCUGAGGAGGAAGAACGGCUGCGGCAAGAGGAAGAAGAAGCAAGAAUAAAAGAAGAGGAGGAAACCCGGAGGAGGGCAGAGGAAGAAGAGAAAGCUAGAAAAGCAGAGGAAGAGCAGAAAAGACUCGCAGAAGAGGAGCAAAGAUUGGCGACAGAACCCCAGACAAGAGAGGAUCCUGACAUAGAGCUGGUCACAGAGGAGAUGCUGGAUAAAACCCUCCCUGUCCAGGAGAUGAAGCAUGACGACGGAGGUGCUGAGGUUACCUCAAACUCACCUGUGGAGGAGCUACCUGCCAAGGAUGAGGAGCCUGAGAAUGAGGAUUCAGAGACCAACGGUACUUUGGCUGAGGCUGGACUUCAGCUGAAUGAGAAAGAAAAGGAGGAUUUGGAGAACCAAACACUAGGGCAGUCAGAUUCAAAACCUCCUUUGCCCUCCGAUGGGGGAACGGCCGAUGCACUCACACCCACAUGUCCUGCUCAAGCGGUGGAAAAUGAGGCAAGCCUUACCUCCACAUCCUCCAACUCUGAAGAAAAGAGAGAACAACCCAUUGCAAUUAGGGGCCAGACAUCCAGGAGCCAGGAGAAGAGAGAGCAGCGGAGACGACGAGGGCUGGAGCACAACCAGAGAGAGACUGAACGUGCUGCCUCAUCCUCGUCUAUCCAGAGGGACCAACCAUCCUCACCGAAGAGCAAAAAUCAAGAGACGGCUAAGAUAAAAGAGCGCUCAGACAGCAAGGAGCUGGACCAGUAUACCUUUGUGGCCUGGAAAAUGAAGGAAGACAAAGGAGGGAAAAAGGAGGGAAAGGGUUCUUCUGCCUCUGCUGCUCCAGUCCGUCCAUCUACAUUACCUCUGCAGCCUGUGGAUUCUGUACCCGACAGAAACGGCCUGGGUGAGGGUGCCGGAGCAGUAAGUCUCCAACGCCGUUCCGGAGGAAUGAAGGAGAAGCCAGAGAAAUGGAGGGGUGGGAAGAGGAGUGACGGAGAUCCAGCCGAGGGCAGCAGCCCUCCAUCCAGCGAAGAGAGGAGUAAAAGACCACUGCUAGGUGAAACGGCGUCUUCGUCAGUUGACAGCUUGUCCCCGGGUUUCGAAGCGGCUGGUGCCACUUCAGCCAGAGAGAUUGUUUCUCCAUCUGAUAGUCAUCACAGAAGAAAACAUCAAGAGAGUUACCAAGACUCUGCCCAUGCGAUCCCAUCCACACCAGACAGGCCGGGAGGUUUCUUCAGCAAGAUUUUGAAAAAACGGCCCCACAAAGAGGCUCAGACUCCAGACAACGGAGAGCUGACGCUGGCUCAGGUUCUCGGUGAGAAGGCGGCAGCAGGGGAAGCGCAAGCGUCUGGACACCCAUAUUGGACUCUUUCGCAGCAACAUGGUGACCGCGCCGGUAAAGGUUUAGGCGGAAACCCCAGUAUCAAGAUCAGCCGAGCCACCCGGGUCUCUGAGCAGUGGAACGCUUCUCUCGACCGGGAAAUCACCAACGCCAAUGAGCUCCGACAUCUCGAUGAGUUUCUGGGUAACCAGGUCAAUGAUUUCCGCUCGAGGGGAAAGUCGCUAUCGGCCACAGAAACAAUCUUUGUCACAGCAACCAUGCAGUUCAGAGAGACAAUCAAAGCCAUGUAUUCUCUCCCAAAACCCACCAUUGGCUACAAAGGUCUAAUGACGGGCUACCAGAACAAAGUGAUCCACCUGGCAGGCAGCAAGCAGAAAGAGGAGGUUCAGCUCGUGGUCAACUUGUUCCAGUCUGUUCUCGAUGGUUUCAUCAGAGGAGAGAUGAAGAAGCAAGAGGCUGAACCUGCAAAGCCUGCCAAAGCUAGAAAGAAGAGGAGGAAAAAAGAUAAAAGUAUGGAAAGCCCCCUGGAUCACAUUUUCACCAACUACCAGGUCAACAUUAUGCAGUCAUGUGACCAGUGUAACUCCUACAUCUGGGGCAUGGAAAAAGCAUACAUGUGCAGCUAUUGUAAAAUGGUGUGCCACAAGAAGUGCCUCUCCAAAAUAGUCUUGGGCUGCAAUGACUUCACUACCAAAAAGAGCGAUGAAGAUUGUGCCGGGCAGCACUUUGGGGUGCGUGUGGGUCAGCUGGUCAGCGAUAAGAGCCCCGUGCCCAUGGUGCUGGAGAUGAUGCUGGAGCAUGUGGAGAUGAACGGCCUCUAUACCGAAGGCAUCUACCGCAAGUCGGGCUCUGCGAACCGUAUUAAAGAGCUUCACCAGAAACUGGAAACAGACCCUCACCCAGUGCGCCUUGAGGAUUAUCCCAUCCACGCGGUGACGGGCCUCGUGAAGCAGUGGCUGAGGGAGCUGCCUGACCCCCUCAUGACCUUCACACAUUACAAUGACUUCCUGCAUGCUGUGGAACUCCCAGAGAAGCAGGAGCAGCUUCAUGCCAUCUACAAAGUGUUAGAUGAGCUCCCUACUGCUAACUUCAACACUUUGGAGAGGCUGGUCUUCCACCUUGUCAGAGUUUGUAAAGAAGAAGAUUCCAACCGCAUGUCUCCAAACUCAUUGGCCAUAGUUUUUGCACCAUGUAUUUUACGCUGCCCCGACAGUGCGGACCCUCUGCUUAGCAUGAAGGAUGUCGCCAAGACGACCAUGUGUGUAGAAAUGAUCAUCAACGAACAAAUCCGGCUCUACAAUGAGAGGAUGGAAGAGAUCGAGCAGCUGGAAUAUGCUGAGGCUCUGGCAGUCAACCAGCUGAAAUUCAAAAGGAAAAACAUGCACUACCUGCAUUUACCUCUCAGGUACUCAGCUCCUUACAAAGGAGUGGUGGUUCAUGAGAAGGUCACAUCGGAUCUCGGUGUGGUCCCUGAGAACGAGCCUCUAGACUCAGACACAGAGGCUGAGAAGAACCUGGUGGAACGCAUCAAGUCCAUCAAACAGGAGAAAGAGGAUCUGGCCUGCCGGCUGCCAGAGAUGGAGCAGCCCGGGUCUGACCAGGAGAACCUGGACUCUGAAGCCUCGCUGAGCUCCGAGAGUCUUUUAGAUGAGCAGCAGCGCUCUUCUGCUCACAGCUCAGAGCUUGAAGGAGGAAGUGGACCUCACAAGAGAGACAGACCCGUUUGUCCUCCCAAACCGUCAGACCUGGCCUUGCGACACAAAGUCCCAGGUGGACGCAUCACCUCUGCCAGCACCGCUUCCACCACCCCCGUGUCCAGCUGCACUUUUUCAGCAUCUGAAUCCUCCACCGCCUCUCUCAGGCAUCCGCUGCAACGCCGAAACCCUGUCAUCCCAGACACAGUCAAGCUCCCCCCGGGCGUCGUCGCCCAGCCCGCAGCUUCGGCUCACGCUUUCACUCCUGGAAAUGGAGCUUUUAAGUACUGGCUCAAGCGACGAGAGCAGCCUGGCCGCCGCAAGGACAGCACCCAGUCUCUGUACAUUGACAACGCCGAGUGUGAAGUGUUGUUGAAUUUUUCUUCUUGUCCUCCAUCUGCUUCCUCCUCUUCCUUAUCCAUCUCCAUGGUUACGCCCUCUCCUCAGGGAGAGCACCACGAGAUGGAAGUAUCUAAGUGCCAGAGACGUUUAUCUGACCCAGAUAUACCCUACAUGGAAGAUGAUGCCUGACCGGGGCAGAACAGGAACAUUGAAGAAGAUUUAGGCAACAAUCUUUGAGUGGAGAAAUUGACUUAAAAACUUUAAUCCAGAGUUUACAAGCAUGGCAGUCGAGGACCAUUGCCUGUGUCUGUGCAUGUGGAAACCAGAGCAUGAUUAAGCUGCGCCUCUGCAAUGUUAAACUGAAGUUACACAAAGUAAAAGUUCCGAUGUCACGGGGAAUAUAAUCAGGACAUUUACAAAAGUGUCUCAUGUUGUGUGUUGUCCUGUAUCACAUUAAAACUGGACAACGUGUUCCCAAGCACCUUUUCUAUGGGUUUAAUAUAUUUUGGUUACUGUCCAUGAAUUCAGUUGGACCAGAGGCCAUGUUUUCUGUACCCUCAUCUAUAUAUAUGUGUUUGUUUUUUGUUUUUUUGCGCUAAUUCAAAAAAAUUUUACAGAUUCCAGUCGCACUUUUAAUUUGUUCUUUCUCAUAAUGAGCUAAACAUUAUCUCCGAAAUGUUAGCUAGUGCCUUGAUAAUGUUCAUCGAGCUGAUAAGAAACUCAGCCCUCAUGUGAUGGACUAGUGGUCAUGGAGGGAGAAUGGACAAGGGUUUUGUUUGGGAUGGAGAAUGACCUUUAUCUCAGACUGUUAUUUGUAUUGAACCUACACAAGGCAUGUUCACAAUAUGGACGUGAACAUGCAGUAUGGACUACAGCCUGUUUGCCUUCAUUUUUUAUUUGCUGCACGUCAGACAGGAAGUCAUUGCUUUCACGUAGUAAAGGGAAAUGGGAGCAGCACACGCCACUUUCUCUACUAAAACAACAAAUACAAAGCCAGCUAUGAUGCCAUGCCAUGAUGUCUCUAAAGCUCCAACUCCUUGAACGUACCUAUGAGCAGGUUCUGAAGUCCUAAAGCACAGCUCUGGUCAACUUUGUAUGAAAUGUAAUGCUAACGGUCCUUUCUGACUGCUGUUGAAUGAUGAUUGAUAGUCUGUCUGGAAAAUGAGGAAGAUGUUCUGAUGUAUUAUGUGUAAUAGAGAGUGUAUGUUUUGGACUGAAUGACAUGAACUGUAAUGGUUUUUAGUAUUAACAUGGAAAUAAAUGAUGCUUCUACAUCUA